UCCUCUCCCCUCUCUCUCUCUCUCUCUCCAUAUUUCUCUACAGAUCGAGCGGGCUUUGGGCAGACAUGGAACAAGACUGCUUCUCCUCCUCGUUGUGGUUCCUUAUCAUUGCGUAUGUUUGUGUCUUCUUUGCACUCAAGGCACUCUUGCAUCUCUGGUGGAUUCCAAAAAGGUUUCAGAAUCACUUCUGUAAGCAGGGAAUCAACGGCCCCAGUUAUAACUUCCUCUUCGGCAACCUUAAAGAGAUUGCUAGCUUGUCGUCUUCUUCUCAACCCAUGUCCCUCUCCCAUGACAUACUCCCCAGAGUCCUCUCCUUCUACUCUCACUGGAAGAAAAUCUAUGGUUCGACCUUUGUGGUAUGGUUUGGGCCGACGGCUCGGGUGACCAUCUCCGAUCCGGCUCUCCUCCGGGAAAUAUUCGUGCUAAAAUCGGAGUAUUUCGAGAAGAACGACUCGCCGCCGCUGGUGAAGAAGCUGGAAGGCGACGGCCUGUUAAGUCUCAAGGGAGAAAAAUGGGCGCACCAUAGGAAAAUAAUCACUCCCACUUUCUACCUAGAAAAUCUCAAGCUAAUGAUUCCGACAAUGGGGAAAGGUGUGACGGAGAUGUUGGACAAAUGGUCGGACAUGUCGAAGGGCGGCAAAGUGGAAAUCGAAGUGUGCCAGUGGUUCCAAUCCUUGGCGGAAUCCGUGAUUACUCACAUGGUGUUCGGAAGCAGCUACGAACGUGGAAGAGCCAUUUUUGAACUGCAGACACAACAAAUGGUGUACGCCACCGAGGCUUUUCAGAAGGUUUUCAUUCCCGGUUAUAGGUUCUUGCCGACAAAAAAGAAUAGAAUAUUUUGGAGACUGGACAAAGAGGUUAGGAAAUCUUUGAUGAAGCUAAUAGAAGAAAGGAGAGUGGAGGGAGUGUCAGGGGAAUGUCCGAAGGAUUUAUUGGAAGUGAUGAUCAAAGCGAGCUCGAAAGAAGCAAAAGAGGAGAAUUAUUGUUAUUAUAAUAAGAGUAAGAAGGUUGGGGGUUCAAAUACAAAUACGCCGAUGUUGUUGUUGUUGUCGGCCGAUGACAUUGUCGAGGAGUGCAAGACCAUCUUCUUCGCCGGGAAACACACCACGUCCAACCUGCUGGCGUGGACCACCGUGCUAUUGGCCAUGCAUCCUCGGUGGCAGCAACUCGCACGUGAGGAGGUCCUUAGGGUCUGUGGCGCACGUGACACCCCUUCUAAACACCACCUUCCCAACCUCAAAACGCUAGAAAUGAUCCUGAAGGAGUCGUUAAGGUUGUACCCGCCGGCAGUGGCGACAAUCAGACGUGCGAAAGAGGAGGUACGCCUGGGGGAGCUGAGCGUGCCGGCAGGGACUGAGCUCCUCAUACCGAUUGUAGCCAUCCAUCAUGACCCCGCGCUGUGGGGCAGCGACGCCCACGACUUCAAUCCCGCCAGAUUCGCCCGCGGCAUGGACCAAGCGGCCAAACACCCUAUGGCCUUCCUCCCCUUCGGCCAAGGCGCCCGCCGCUGCAUCGGCCAGAAUUUAGCCAUCCUGCAAGCCAAACUAGCCAUCGCUAUCAUCUUGCAGCGCUUCUCCUUCCACCUUUCCCCCUCUUACCAGCACGCCCCCACUGUUUCCAUGCUGUUGCACCCUCAAUAUGGCGCCCCAAUCAUUUUCCAAAACUUGUAGUACCUAGCUAGUCUCUCUCUUCUCCCUCUCCCUCUCUAUAUAUACUGUAAUAUAUAUAUAAUCUGAUCUGAUCUGCUGACUCUCAUUACCAUCUUCGACUUUUAAUAUAUGGUCUAGUUUAGUGGCACUA